AUGGGUCACUAUGACCGCGACGACGACAAUUGCGACGCUGCGCAGGAUCUCCAUGAGUCUCUGUACUACCUCCAGCACCGUGGUCAGGAUGCCGCAGGAAUUGCCGUCUGCUCGCAGGGCGGAAGAAUCUACAGCUGUAAAGACAACGGAAUGGCCUCGAAGGUGUUCAACGACGGAAAGAAGGUCGUGGACCUCCCCGGUUUCAUGGGCCUGGGCUCUGCCCGCGCAGAAGCUCAGCCUUUCUAUCUCAACAGCCCGUAUGGUAUUCUGUUGAGCCACAACGGCAACCUGAUCAACGCCGAAGAGCUCCGCGAGUUCCUCGACCAGACCGCGCACCGUCACAUCAACACUGGCUCUGACUCCGAACUGAUGCUGUCCGUCUUCGCCAACGAGCUUAACGAGACUGGAAAGGCGCGUGUCAACGAGGUCGACCUCUUCAGCGCCCUGGAGCGCACUUACAAGCGCUGCCGCGGUGCCUGGGCCGCCGCUCUCAUGGUCGCCGGUUACGGCAUCUGUGGCUUCAGAGACCCCAACGGCAUCAGGCCCUUGGUCUGGGGUCGCCGACCCUCCGCAACUCUUUCUGGUGCUUACGACUACAUGCUGGCAUCCGAAUCCGUUGCUCUUCGCCAGCUUGGUUUCCGGGAUAUUAAGGAUAUUCUCCCCGGACAGGCAGUUCUCUUUAGAAAGGGGGAGGCUCCUGUGUUCAAGCAAAUCCAGGAAGCUGCUUCGUACACACCUGACGUGUUUGAAUAUGUCUACUUCGCUCGCCCAGACAGUACGAUCGAUGGAAUCUCAGUGCACAAGUCGCGCGAGAACCAGGGAAUCAAGCUCGCAGACAAGAUCACGCGAACCCUUGGCGAAGAAGCCUUGAAGGAGGUUGACGUUGUGAUUCCAAUCCCGGAGACAUCGAACACUGCGGCUGCAGCUUUGGCAACACGGCUUAACAAGCCAUUUUCAAGUGGAUUCGUGAAGAACAGGCAAGUAAAAUACGUCUUCAGGACCUUUAUCAUGCCGGGACAAAGCGUCCGUCAAAAGAGUGUUCGUCGUAAGCUAAGCACUAUCGAGUCUGAGUUCAAGGGCAAGUGUGUGUUGCUGGUUGACGACAGUAUUGUUCGAGGAACAACCAGCCGGGAGAUUGUUCUCAUGGCCCGCGAAGCGGGUGCCAAGAAGGUCAUCUUCUCCAGCUCAAGUCCAGAGAUUACCCACGAGCACAUCUACGGUAUUGAUCUGGCAAGCAGAAAGGACCUGAUCGCCCACGGACGGACAACCGACGAGAUCGCAGAGCACAUCGGCGCCGAUAAGGUGAUCUACCAAGAACUCAGCGACUUGGUUGCGGCCUGUGCCGAGCUUUCUCCUCGUGACCCUUCGCAUCAGAACUUCGAGGUGGGCGUCUUCAACGGAUGCUACAUCACCCCCGUCCCCGAGGGCUACAUCGAGCACCUGAACGAGAUCCGCAACGGCAGCAAGAAGCGCAAGGCCCACGGAACACUUGUGGGCAACAGCGGUCCCACACUGGACGCUGCGAGCCCCACCGCGAAGUCGGCCAACAUUAACGGACUGGCAGCGCGGGUGCGCCAUGAGCCUCGAUCCCCGGGAGAUAUUGGGCUUCACAACAUCGCAGGCGACGAGGAAAACUAG